AUGACCACUGCCACGUCAACUAUCGUAGGAGCAUUAGCAUGUCAAAAGAACUCGUUUCUUAAAACGUUAAACACAAAAGUCGUUUCUAGCUAUGAAUUUAUUCCGCCAUCAACAGCAAAAGAGAAACAAAACAAGAACAAGAAUGCACCAAAGGAAUUGAAAUAUGGUGUUGAAUUUGAAGAUACGGUUUUAUUUCCUGAAGGUGGUGGUCAACCAUUUGACAAAGGUACCAUUACCAUUCUCAACAAUGGGGCAUCUUCUGAAUCCAAGACUGUGGAAGUUAAUGCCAUACUUCGAGACAAGUUGAAAGCCGUUCAUAUUAUUGACGAACCACUAGAACCAGGCACUCAAGUCAAACUUCAAGUCGAUUGGGAUCGCAGAUUGGACAUAAUGCAACAACACACGGGACAACACUUGCUUUCCGCGGUGUUUGACACUUUGAAACUUGAUACUUUAUCGUGGUCAAUGGGAGAUGUUAUCAAUUAUAUUGAAUUACCAGAAAAAGUAUCUGAUGAAGUAGUUCAGCAAGUGCAACAACAAGUCAAUCAACUCAUAUUUGAAGCACACCCUAUUCAUGUAGUGACUCGUGAUGAUCAUGGAGUUGAAAUUGACACCAGUCAUCUACCAGAGGACUAUGAUCAAAGUAAAGGGGUUGUACGUAUAGUCAAGAUUGGCGAUGACAUUGACUCUAAUCCAUGUUGUGGUACACAUUUAUCCAAUACUGCACAGAUUGGAUCCAUUGUGCUAUUGAAUCAAACUUCAAUUCGUGGUGGCCAUUCUCGUUUAUGUUUUACUUGCGGAUCACGGGUAACCAAGAUUGCAGGUGAAUAUUUUGAUAUUUUGAAGACAGUCUCAGGAACCCAAUUAUCUUGUCAGAUAGAUGACGUGGUUACAAAAGUUGAUCAAUUGAAUACCAAUUAUAGAAAAGCCAAUUCCACGAUUGCCAAUUUAACUAAAGAAUUGGCCAACUUGAGAGCAACUGAAAUUUUCAAUAAGUUGAAAGGCACUGAUGACGGAGUUGCUUAUGUAUAUCGUGAAGAAAAUAAUCCGGAUUACUUGACAACUGUGCAAAAAGAACUUGCAACAUUGAUCAAUGGAAAUAAAGACAGUGGAGUAGAUAUCACCAAUAAACAUACUCUUGUCUUGAUCAAUGGUAACCAAACAUCCAACGGUGGUAUGGUUAAAAUAUCAGGACCUAAAACUAAUGAUAUUGCCACCGAAUUGAAGCAAAAGAUUACCAAUUUGAAAGGUGGUGGAAAAGGAUUAUUUCAAGGUAAGAUCACUAAAUAUGAAAAAGGUGAGAUUGAAUCAGUAUUAUCCUAUUUGGACUCAUUAUAG